AGAUACACUAGAAAUGAUGGACUCGAGCAAUUCUGAAAAUGUCAGUUGUGAAGACUCGAGUCAGAUGCCGAAAACUAUAGCUAAAGCUACACUAACCAAUAACAAAGAACUUACCUUGGAUGAUUGUGAAACAGUCAUGAUGGUCUAUUCCAAUGCAACUAGUAUGCAAGAGGUAAAGAUGGAGAAACAUUUAAAACCACUUGCAAAGGAAUUCAAACUAAUGAAACCAUUAAGGGGAAAAGACAAAAGCACUUUUAUUAAGGCUAUUUCACAAUAUUUACUUGAUGAAGGUUUAGUUGAAGUGAAAUCAAAAAGUGUACUUAGUAGAGAUGAUGUAAAGGUUUGCAAAAAGCUGUAAGAGUUCUAACAAAUACUAUAAUAAUAUAUCAAGCWUGUUUAUUAAGGUUGAUCAGAUUGAAAUCUGCCAAACAUUUAGUUAUAAGAGAUGAUGUUAAAAGGUUUGCCAAAAGUUAUAUAGUGGUAUGUUAAAAAUAAUAU